AGUGGGGGCCCGGCUCCCUGGGGCUUGUGCGUUCUGUGCUCGCCGCGGCGCAGCGGAACCCUCCGGCUCCCGAUUGUCCUUGGCGGCGUCCCGGUCGCCGCCGCCUGCCUGCGCGCCCGGGGCUGCAGGGCUGGAACCGGCGCACCUCCCGCUGCGCCCGCUGCGCCCGGAGCAGAAUCAGCUCACGCAACAUACAAAUCUUAGUUGACACGGUGGCUGCAGGCCGCUGAGCUGGAGCCGCCUGUGCUUUCUGCAGUGGGAGUGUGUGGAGGGCUGCCCCUCACCCUCAGCCUGCAUCAUGCCAGCUUUGUCCACGGGCUCUGCUAGUGACACAGGUCUGUAUGAGCUGCUGGCUGCUCUGCCAGCCCAGCUGCAGCCACAUGUGGAUAGCCAGGAAGACCUGACCUUCCUUUGGGAUAUGUUUGGUGAAAAAAGCCUGCAUUCACUGGUAAAGAUUCAUGAAAAACUCCACUACUAUGAGAAGCAGAGUCCAGUGCCCAUUCUGCAUGGUGCGGCUGCCCUGGCCGAUGAUCUGGCCGAAGAGCUUCAGAACAAGCCAUUAAGCAGUGAGAUCGGAGAGCUGUUGAAACUACUGUCAAAACCCAAUGUGAAGGCUCUGCUCUCUGUGCAUGACACUGUGGCUCAGAAGAAUUACGAUCCCGUGUUGCCUGCUAUGCCUGAUGAUAUUGAUGAUGAGGAAGACUCUGUAAAAAUAAUCCGCCUGGUCAAGAAUAGAGAACCGCUGGGAGCCACCAUUAAGAAGGAUGAACAGACUGGGGCAAUCGUUGUAGCUAGAGUCAUGAGAGGAGGGGCUGCGCAUAGAAGUGGUCUUAUUCAUGUUGGUGAUGAACUUAGAGAAGUGAAUGGAAUACCAGUUGAAGAUAAAAGACCUGAGGAAAUAAUACAGAUUUUGGCUCAGUCUCAGGGAGCAAUUACGUUUAAGAUUAUUCCCAGCAUCAAGGAGGAGACUCCAUCUAAAGAAGGCAAGAUGUUUCUCAGAGCCCUUUUUGACUACGAUCCUAACGAGGACAAGGCGAUUCCAUGUAAGGAAGCUGGGCUUUCUUUCAAAAGGGGAGAUAUUCUCCAGAUCAUGAGCCAGGAUGAUGCAACCUGGUGGCAGGCGAAGCACGAAGGGGACGCCAACCCCAGAGCAGGCUUGAUUCCCUCAAAGCACUUCCAGGAAAGGAGACUGGCCCUGAAACGACCAGAAAUACUGGUUCAGCCCCUGAAAAUUUCCAACAGGAAAUCAUCUGGUUUUAGAAGAAGUUUCCGUCUUAGCAGAAAAGAUAAGAAAACAAAUAAAUCCAUGUAUGAAUGCAAAAAGAGCAAUCAAUACGAUACUGCUGAUGUUCCCACAUACGAAGAAGUGACACCAUAUCGGCGACAAAUUAACGAGAAAUACAGACUCGUUGUCUUGGUUGGUCCCGUUGGAGUAGGACUGAAUGAACUGAAGCGGAAGCUGCUUAUCAGCGACACACAGCACUAUGGCGUGACAGUGCCCCAUACUACGAGGGCAAGAAGAAGCCAGGAGAGUGAUGGCGUUGAAUAUAUUUUCAUUUCCAAGCACUUGUUUGAGACAGAUGUACAAAAUAACAAGUUCAUCGAAUAUGGUGAAUAUAAAAACAACUACUAUGGCACGAGUAUAGAUUCAGUUCGGUCUGUCCUAGCUAAAAACAAAGUUUGUUUGUUAGAUGUUCAGCCUCAUACUGUGAAGCAUUUAAGGACACUCGAAUUUAAGCCCUAUGUGAUAUUUAUAAAGCCUCCAUCAAUAGAGCGUUUGAGAGAGACAAGGAAAAAUGCAAAGAUCAUUUCAAGCAGAGAUGACCAGGGUGCUGCGAAGCCCUUUACAGAAGAAGAUUUUCAAGAAAUGAUUAAAUCUGCACAGAUAAUGGAAAGUCAAUAUGGCCAUCUUUUUGACAAAAUUAUAAUAAAUGAUGAUCUCACCAUGGCAUUUAAUGAGCUAAAAACAACUUUUGACAAAUUAGAGACUGAAACCCAUUGGAUACCAGUGAGCUGGUUACACUCAUAGCUAAGAAGAAUUUUCAUAAAAGUCUUUUUUAUAGAGUGCAUGAUUAAGUCAGUUGCCAUUUUGGUGGUAGAGUUUUUUUAAUCUAUCUCACUGUUAUAGAUGCACAUUCUUGGUCAAAAUUGGAUGGCGGUUCUGUUUGUAUCUUUGUACAGCCUUAUUUGAAACAUAAUGUGUGACCAUAAGUUCUAAAAAUCAAGAUUUUCACAUACUGUAUUCUAGACAAAAUUCUGUGGUUGUCUUUAAUAUGUUUCCAUGCUGUGAGAUGAAUUUUUACAAUGUAGCCGGAGAUGUCAGGGUGCCACACUUCACCUGGCCUCAGCGGUGGCUGCACCCGUCCAGUUGGCACAGUAGCAGUUUAAGCUGUGAACUCAGCACCCCAGGCAGCUCCAGGCAGAUGAGUAAGCCACUCUAUUUCCACGUGGGUCAUCACAGAUCUCACCUGCCUGGCUUCAAGAUAGAGUCCCCUUACUGUUCAAAAAGUAUGAAUGUUUUCUUACCUCUGCAAAAUAUGUUCACAGUAUGUGCAUGUGAAAAUUUUUAAAGUGAGAGCCUCUUGAGUGAAUAGCCUUCAUAUUAUAGCUUGAGAAGUCCUGAUGAGCACACAUCAGUGACUGAACACAUAUUUAAUAAGGGAAAACAGACCUUUUUUAAAAUGAAGUUCUCAAUAUGUUACCCAAGCUGGCCUCAAACUGAGACCUUCCUGCCUCAGCUUCCCAAGUAGCUGAGAUUAUAGGUGUGUAGCACUGCACACAUCUUGGAAAAUAGACUUUUAAAAGUUGUUAUGAAUAUAACUAAAAACCUUUCCUUGUGAUGUAAGAAUUGUUGUAUCUUAGGACAGGAAGUGUUUGCAAAGGACAUUUUUAUGUAAGUCCUCAGAAGACACUUCUGUAGUUGCUAAAAGCAUUGUUUGUAAGCUAGCUUUAGUUUAUACCAAUAAAUUAUAACAAUGUGAUUCCUGCCCUAAGAUAUGUAAAACAUUUCGUGUGGUAUUAAUGAUACAGUUACAGAACAUGUGAUCAUUGUUUUUAAAGCAGUGCAGUUGGUCACCAUACAUUUAAAUUGUGCUAAGAUGUGUUUUAGAAAGCUUUUUAUGUAGCAUUAACAUCUUUGUCAAAAAAUUAUUUUUAACACUGGUCAGACACCAUCCCAACCUCACCAUUAUAAAGAAGUUCCAGAAGGACACUUGUAUUGUAAAUAUUUAGAUAGUCUUGCUCAUUUUUCUUGAAUACUACUGGUCUUGAACAAAGUGAACUAUACAGUUUGAGAUACUACAGAUGUCCCCAAUUCCCACAGGGGAACAUCCUCUGCCAUUCUUGCAUGCAGUUAGAUCCUGUGAAUCAAAAUUAUUGCAUGAGUGAGUUUCAUAGAAAAAAGUUAUUUUUGUUGCUUUGUAAAGAGUUUAGAUGUCAUGUUUAAAGAAUAUAGAAUGUAGUAAAAUUUUAUAUAUUUAUGAAGUGUUUGAAAGGCAUAUUUUUUUAAUUAUCAAAUGGGGCUAUUCAUAAAAUAAAUUGAUUGUAUGUAAAGAUGGCCUUAUUUAAAAUAGUAGUUUUAUAAAUUAAGGUCAACAUUCCAUGUAAAUAUUUGACCUUCACAUGUUAUAUGUGUACUACACAUUUGGUAGCAUUCUCUAGUAGAUUCCUUCAGAUGUUUUAAUUAUCUAUAGGAACAAAUUUUGAAAGAAUUUGGAACAAAAUCUGAAGAUUCCUUCAGAUGUUUUAAUUAUCUAUAGGAACAAAUUCUGAAAGAAUUUGGAACAAAAUCUGAAGAUUCCUUCAGAUGUUUUAAUUAUUUAUAGGAACAAAAACUAUGCCAAGGGCCCUGACACACAUCAAAAUAGUUAAUCAGACUAAAUUUUACCUAACAACAUAAUCCAAGUGAGUUCUAAGUUCAUUAACUAAAUAGCAAGCCACUCAGUUUGGAAACUAAAAAAGUGAGGAGGGGGUUACCGAAUCUCAUGCUGAAGCUGUACUUUAAAGCUCUGUGGCUGGAUUAAGAAACGUGCAAGUCUUAAGUUGAGGUUUGGGUAGAGUAUUUCAUUCUUUGAACAUUGACUGAAAUUCCCAGUGAAGUAAGAGUCCCUUGUACAAAGAAUGAUGGGAAAUGUAUAAUAAUAUAGGCAAUCCUCUGGAUAAUUUGGACAGCUCACAUUCUUUUCUAUCAAAUAUUUACAUCAAUCUUUUUUUUCUUCAUUUGCAGAUAACUGCCUCGGUUCUUUACUUGCAGGUAGCGAUAGUGUAGAGUGGUAGAAAUUGGUUUUUUUUUGGUUGGUGGUGGUGAUGAUGGAUAUGUUAUAAAAAUGCAGUUGCCCAGACUUCCUUCUUUUUUUAAAAAUCAGAACUGAACAAUAUUUUUAAAAUAAUGAAAGGAAGGGAAUUUUCAGAAAUUGAGUGGUAACAUAGCCUUACAUGUGUUUAUUCUUGAUGCUUAGAAAGAGAUUUCAUUAAAAUUUAAUAAGACAAGGCCAACUCCCAGGACUUGUGGUUAACGGUGGCAAAAGGCCCUUGAUCCUCUGCUUUCUUCACUUGCAAUUCCCCUCUCACCCAAGGAGAAGAGCUCUGCGUGCCACACUUAGCAGUCUGCCUGCAAGAUGGAGUGUCAGCCACUGUUUGAGAGAAGAGGGAUGAUUGAUUUUUCAAGUAUAUAUAUAUUUUUUCAAAUACUUACAUAUACAUAUAGUUGAAUAUAUAUAUAUAUAUAUAUAUAUAUAUUCAUUCCAAGACCAAGAAGGAAAUUCUGUGCUCCCACAACUGACAAAUUAGAGUUGGCUAAAAAUAAACAGGUAAAACUGAAUAUAAUUUUCACUAUGCUUUUACUGAUCAAUAUUUCUAUUUUGGUAUCUUUAAGGCUGACAUUCCUGGCAUUGUAUAAUGAUUGUAUCUAAAUUGUAAUCAUUUAAAAUUGACAGACAUGUAGACUAUUCAGAUUUAUGAAACAGUGUUGUAAAAAUCUUCCUGAAGAUACACAUUUUUAUUAUUUAUUUUCUUUGGGACUAGGAAAGAUGUAUAAAUAAAUGUAAGGGAAAAUCUUUGAUCUUAAUAAAGUAUCCUCAAACAGUAUGUGUACUUAAAAGUGUUUUUAUAUUUCAAUAUUCUAAUAUACUACUGUGAUGGUCUAUUGUACUCCACUGUUUCCCAUGUAGGACAAGGUCUUUUUUCUAAUACAGUAUUAAAUGAUGUAUUUGAACUUGCCGUAUCUAAAAUUAAAUUUUACAUACUUUCUUCAAACAAUGUUUUCAUGAAGGUUGUUGGUGAGAUGGAAUGCACUCGUCUUGUUCUUAGCAAUGAGCAGCAGACGUUUGAAGAUGUGGAGCAGAGUGACACAUGUGAUCCAGGACCUUCCAUGAUGGGUGCCUCUGUCCCUACCUGCUGUGCCCCUCCCCGUCAUUCUCUUCCUGAUCCAGUUAUGCAAAACUCAACUUGAUCAGCGAUGCCUGUGAGAAUGAACUGUCUUCUGCUCAUGUAGACAAACCAAUUCAUAUUGGCCUUACGCCAGUAGUUAAGCCAGUGAGCUUCCACAGAAAAAUUGUAUGAUGUACCAUUUAAGACUUUAGGAUCUGACACCAAAAUUCUUGCGUUCAAGCCAAUUUUGUCUGACUUCAGCUUUGCAAUGCAGUGGGAAAAAAUACAUGGAAUUUUUUCCACUAGUCUUUAUUUUCUCAUCAGGAAAAUAGGGAUAAUAAUAGUGAUUACUUAAUAGGACUGUUUGGGACAUAAAAUGACAGAAUCCAUGUAGUUCUUAGAAUAAAACCUGGGGUAGAAGCACCCAAUAAUUGUGAUCUCUUGUUUUAUAAUGAUCAUUACAACAUCACACAAUUUAAAAAUCAGUGUGUAAAUAUUCUUAAUCAUUCUACACCAACUGUUCCCCUAUUAGUAAACUCAGAAGGUUUUAAUAAAUAAUCCCUAUUAUAAGCCUUAUUAUUUUUAAAACAUCUGUUGGUUACAACCAAACUAUGCAUCAGGAACUAAUUAGGUAGUCCACAGUAUAAAGGCAAUCAAAAUUUUACUUUGAACCCCUGAGUAUGAUCGUGUAUACUUGAUAACAGUUUGAAAAAAAAUAGCCCUUAAGUGUUUCAGUGCCCUUUCUGCUACAGUUACCUUCGUUGUCCAGUUGCACAUAAGCUUUUAUAAAGAAGAAAGUAUGUUACUUUUCUAUCAGCAAUCUAAUACACAGACACCAACAUAAUCAGUGCCUGGCUGGAUUGUAUUUACUAGUCAUGGGAGGUCUGUAUGAUUUCCAUACACUCUCUCAGUUAGUUUCCACGACUAUCUUAUAUGGAAGAUACAGUCUUCAUAUGUUACAGUUCAGAGAGCUGAGGGACAGGCUCCAGUCCCUUGCCCGACUUGUCACAUACUGAGGUGAUGUGCAGUGGAACCAGGGUUUGAAUCAUCGGUUGGUUUCACCCAGCUGCCUAUUACUUUCACUACAUUGUGCUUCCUGGUGUUGCUAUAACUUGAGACAAAACAGGAUAUGAGUAAGAACUGAAUAAUUGGAGGAGUGAUUAUUUAUCUUUUUAGGCAUGUGUGGUUUGCAGAUGGUUUCGUCAGGAUGUGUUGCUUCAGUCAGAACUUGAUAAAUGUAUGGUGUGUGAGAGGGUUAAUCUUCAAACAGUUGUUAUAGUCAAAAGCAAAAACAAUUGCAGAAUAUGCCUUUGUCUGUUUAGUCUGCUUGCAUCCCAUUCCUUAGUGAUGAGCCAGGCUUGCUCUGUCAGUCAUGACCAUCACCCGCGUGGUUCAUUUGAGCUGGUUAUGCUACUUGCUCCAGAUAAUGCCUUGACUGUUAGAGGAGCUGUGAGAAGGACACAUGCCCCUGAUUUAAACAAACAAGUGCAUGAUGUGAAAAUCCUUUAUGCCCUAUUCCCAUUUUUCCUGUUUGUGAUGCCUUAAUUAUGUUGUGUUGCUUGUUUAUAGGACAACCAUAAUUCUAACCCUAAACUAGAGCAUGAUAAAGGCCAGUCUUCUGAGGGUGACUAAGUAGGAAGAGAUAAAGAUCCUAAAUCCAUUAUCCUAGCUGAACCAAUCUGAGACUUCUUCUGUAUUGUUGAAUAAAGAAAAGAGUUAUGA